GGGUUUCCAUAUGCUAAGUUAAACCCAGAAAUAGCUUGUUGGAUGGACCUUUUGUACCAAAGGAAUUAAACAUUAGGCUAUCUCUGGGUAUUGGUGUGAUGUUUUGUGGGGGUUAUGGUUCUUAGAAACGAUCAACAUUGCAGAUCUUGAGAGUGUGCUACAUAUAAAAAAAGCGUGCAGUAGUGCUGUAUGUGUUUUUCUUUUGGCGUUUGAUUUGCUUGCUAAGGUACUGCUAACUAGAAUUCUCUUAUUGGUCCUGCACCUCACCUAGCACUGGCACUGAUUAUGUCUGGUAUACCUUAGUUAUUGGAUGAAAUAUCUGUAGAUGGUAUAUCUUAACACUUGGCUGAAACAUUUAGGAGAGUAGGAAUAUGUUCUCUUGAUCUAUUCAGUGAAUUGCUGCAUAUGUGGCUGAAAGAAGCUACAAACCUGUGGAGAUGAAACAUUGCAGGAUUAUUAAUGUUUUUUCCUUAGAUGUCAGACUAUAUUGUAGGAGAUGCUGCAGUAUGAACCGAUCCUAGGUGAACAUUUCUGACUUCUUGUAUUUUGGUGGUCUAGUAUGUUUAUUCAAGCAUCAGUGCCGAUUAGAAAAUGUGUUGCUUUUAAAGCUAAUGGACUAAUGAUCAACGUCUGUCUGGCGGCUCCACCGCAGAUAUAUCUUUUAGCAAAUGCGUGGGUACUUAGGUGUUUCUAUUUUGGCAAAUAUAUUUUAGAUGGAAUUCCGUCUAUGUUGUUUGAACAUAGCUUUUCCCAAGCCCGGGUAAAGGAGGGUCAUGAUAAGCUUUUGCGAGCCAACAUAAAAACCCAGCCACACUUAUGACGUGCAACCCAAAACCUUUUGUUGUAUCUUCGAUUUUAGUGCUAGGGUCUGCUAUACUUCGAUUUCUCUUCAUGGUGCAGCAUUCUCUUCCUGGUCCUGCUGAACCUUAGUGAAAUGGUGUGUAUAAGUGCAUGGGAAAAAUUCUUUCAUGAAAUGUGCUAGCUUAUGGUGAGUUUGUUACAGGCAGUGAUUAUAUAACUGGUGUUCCUUCCUUAGUUGAAUGUGACACCUAUAGGCAGUAUAUAUGUUAUCUUUAAUGAAUUACUACAUAUGCGACUGAAAUGAGUGAGAUAUCUGUGUAAAUGAGACAACUGGACACAGGAGUACUAGAACUUCUCUGUUAGAUAUGGGAUUAUUUUCCAGGGGUUGAUACAGUAUGACUUGGUCCAGCCUCCUUGGUUUCCAUUGUUGCACAUUAGUGGUUUAGUAUGUCUACUGAAGCAUUGGUGCCUAUUAGGCAGUGUGUAGUUUUUUGAUGCUAGACAACAUUUUUUUUGGAGCCAUGUAUCUAGCAGCUGCACCUGAUCCUGUCUUCUGUGCACACCUCUUAUAUCUAUGCGCGUAUUGUUCAAGAUGGGGUAUUGACUGAGCCGAGCCGAGCCGAGCCAAGCCUCGCACUCGCACCAGCGCAGCCGGCUCUCGGCUGGGAAUCUGAUUGGGUAUUGACCGAGCCGAGCCGAGCCGAGCCUCGCACUCGCACCAGCGCAGCCGGCUCUCGGCUGGGAAUCUGGGAUCCUCCCUAUUCAUCCGUCCCGCCCGCCGCUGCCCGCUUGCCCCUUCCUUUCAGCUGCACCUCCGUCCCUCCCUCUCAGGAGAUUGUCUCGCCGUCUCCGCUCCUCUCCGCUCUCGCCCCCGACCUAUCCCUCCCGGCUUCCCGGGCCAACGAAGGCUAGGAAUUCGGAGCAGCUCGAAGAAGCUUAGAAGCAUGGAGCGGGAGCGCAGCAAGCUCGAGAGAGGCAUGUGUCAGUGGGCCGAUAUGCCAACAGAGCUUCUGAUGAACAUCUUCAGUCGCAUCCCUUGUCGGUCGGCCGUUUCCCAAGUGUGUGUUCGCUGGCAGUUUGCAGUUCUUUCACUUCCCAGGCCGCUGAUCCUACGCCCAGUACCUGACUGCCUCCCACCUGACCCUCUUCCUUUCCCCCCAGUUGCUGUGCGGUUGUUAGUUCCUACCUUUACUAGACCCAGGGGCACUGUGGUUUCUUGAAGCAUAAAUGAGGCAGGUGGACCCUUCUUCAGGUACCUCACCAUGCCUAUCCCAGCUAUUUGCUCAGAUAUGCGGUUGUUUGGUGGUAGUGCUGGUCUUCCUCUAUUUGUAGAUGAUUGCUACAGUCGCCUAGUGAUCCGGCGGCUCACCAGCCCACAGCAGCCUGGGCAAAUAGACAGGGAAACAGCAAUGUCGUUGGAUCUCCCUGAUGGGGUUGAUGGUGAAGAGGUUUAUAUUGGUGGGCUUGCUGUUUCAAGGAGCAGCAGCGAUGCGCGCUGCCUCCCUCUUGGGAUAUCGGCGAUUGUUGUGGCUACCAGGUCUUACAUUUUUGGGACCAGAACUGCUGGGUACCGUCAGAUGUGGUCGGUACUUCCUGUGAAAGAGCCUGCUGAGGGGCGCAGCUUUGAGAGGCAAGGUCUUCGUACCUUUGUGAGCAUGCUUUUUGAUGGUGAAGAGUCAGCUUAUCUGCUAGACGCCUCACGGAGGUUGUGCUUCACGAACUGGGAUGCAGAUGGAAGGCUGCAGAUGCAUGAGCUCCCAAUUCAGGGGGGGAAGAAUGCACUUCUAGAUGAUGGUGUUGAGGAGCUUAAGAUGGUAUGGUUACUGCAGCUUCCCCUUGGGGAUCACCGGGGCACCAAUUUGGUUUGCCUUGCAUACCGUUGGUUUCACGGAUUUCACUUUGGGCGAUUUGUAGCAUUUGACCUCACGGAGGGGGAAGCAACACGCCUGUGGGUCUUUCGUCCCAACAUACUGGGGGAGCUCUGUGUGCUGGUGGGCUGGGGUCCUGGUGCCGUGGCAGUUGUUUACAACAGACCAGGGGUGGUUGGUCUUAAGAAGGGGAGGAUCUACAGUUCUCUGGAUGGCCUGAGAUCCUAUGUCCUAGGAUGGAACUACAGUGACAUGCGUACUGUACCUUCAUAUUGGCCUGUCUCACUAUGGAUCAAUCCUGAGUUUCCCAAUCCUCUCUCUCUGGAGGAUACUUUUGUGAAGGUCAUUAUGGAGGACUUUGCUGAUGCAGAUGCUGAGAAUAAGGCACCUGAUGAUGCAGAUGCGAUCGACCAGGUGGAGGAGCUUUCAGCGUCAGCUCCAAUGCUUGCAGGAGUGGGUUCCCAGAAUGAUGCUGCUACUACAGGGCCUGAGAGAGUGACGAUGGUCCCAACUGCUGCUCCAGCUCCACUGUUGGACAGACUUCUUAGGAGAACUCUGCUCCAACUGAACUCUGGCUUUGACUGACUGGGAGGAGGAUGGGUUGAACACCGCCGCCACAGUCAUCAUCAAGCUCAGCCUCCUGUUUCAGUCAUUUGGUUGGCUCAAUCAGUUCCUAUCCUGUAAUCCUACGUGUACAUUGGAGAGUAGGUGUCAUCGCGAGAUUGAAACGGUUUAGGUGGAUGUGUGUGCGCGCUACUCUGUUCAGUACAUCAUAAGGAGAUAUGCCUACUCUACUCAUGCUGCGUUAUAUCAUAGCCGCAUGUUGUAUAAUCACAAGGAGGCGUGCUUGAGUC